AGAAAAUGUCAGAAAACCAAAGCCAUAGCUCUAUCAUUCAUCACCAUCUUCUUAUUCUUCUGCUUCUCAACAGAUCUUCAGUUCAGCUUUGAGUUCUCAACCAACUACUGUAUUUUUCUCCUCUCAAGCUGAUUUUGUUCAUAAAAAAACUGAAUUUUUUAUAGUGUGGGGUUUGAGCAUUUUACUUGAUCUGUUGGAACCGAGAGGGGUGAUUUGUAAAAUCCUGAUUUUCUGAGGAGAAAAGAUUAUUGGGGUUUGGUUGGAUCGAGGGAAAGACUUGAACUUUGCAGUUUGCAAAACGAGGUUCUAUGGGAGCGAAAAUGUGGAUCUUGUAAAAGGUGUUGAUUUGGUCGAGAAAGACAAGAAAAGAAGAGAAAAGACACAUUUUUUCAGCUCCAGGUGGUUCAACUUUUUCCUCUGCCAUUGGAGAAGGUUAGAAGAAGUUUAAAAGAUACAUAAGCUGUGGUAUCAAAGCCAAAUAUGAAUGUGGCUUGUGACAGUGCAUAGGGUUGAUAAGGUCCAGGUGGAUCUGAGUGGACUGAUUGUCAUUUUCAAAUAUUUUCAGUCAAGACUGCUUCGUCAUUGAAAGUGGAAGAGGUUUUCAUUACUUCAAGUUUGAUUUCAGCCUGUCAAAAUGGGUAUUCAGUGUUCCAGACUCAUGCCAUGCUGUGUGGAUUCACAAGUUAAGGCAUCUGUUAUUGAAACUCCAGAUGCUGAAAUUGAGGAUAGUAGUGAGGUCAGUAACUGGCCUACAUUCCGGGAAUUUACACUCGAGCAACUCAAGAAUGCAACAUCUGGUUUUGCUGUUGAGAACAUUGUAUCUGAACAUGGAGAGAAGGCUCCCAAUGUUGUUUAUAAAGGAAAACUGGAGAAUCAAAUGAGGAUUGCUGUUAAGCGGUUUAACAGGAAUGCUUGGCCGGAUGCUCGACAGUUUUUGGAGGAAGCAAGAUCAGUGGGUCAGCUUCGUAACCAAAGAUUGGCAAAUUUGCUUGGUUGUUUUUGUGAAGGAGAUGAGAGGUUGCUUGUGGCAGAAUAUAUGCCCAAUGAAACACUGGCAAAACACCUUUUCCAUUGGGAAACACAACCCAUGAAAUGGGCAAUGCGACUAAGAGUUGUUCUACAUCUUGCACAAGCUCUAGAGUACUGCACAAGCAAAGGGCGCGCUCUCUAUCAUGACCUUAAUGCAUAUAGAGUUCUUUUUGAUGAGGAUGGUAAUCCCAGGCUUUCGAGUUUUGGUCUUAUGAAAAACAGCAGGGAUGGGAAAAGUUAUAGCACAAAUCUGGCAUUUACUCCUCCAGAGUAUCUCAGAACUGGGAGAGUAACACCAGAGAGUGUAAUAUAUAGCUUUGGCACUCUUCUGCUUGACCUUCUCAGUGGGAAGCAUAUCCCCCCAAGUCAUGCACUCGAUGUCAUUCGUGGAAGAAACAUUCAAAUGCUGACAGAUUCUUGUUUGGAAGGACAAUUUUCUGAUGAUGAUGGAACUGAGUUAGUACGCUUGGCGUCUCGAUGUUUACAAUAUGAACCUAGAGAACGGCCUAAUCCAAAGUCAUUGGCAGCUGCUUUGGCUCCUCUUCAGAAGGAAACAGAGGUUCCUUCACAUGUCUUGAUGGGCAUCCAGCACAGUACUAAUUUUGCCUCAUUAUCUCCACUUGGUGAAGCAUGCUCAAGGAAGGACUUGACUGCCAUACAUGAAGUUCUGGAAAAUAUUGGCUAUAAAGAUGAUGAAGGAGUGGCAAAUGAGUUAUCAUUUCAGAUGUGGACUGAUCAGAUGCAGGAGACAUUAAAUUGCAAGAAAAAGGGGGAUGUUGCUUUCCGGCAGAAAGAUUUUAGACUGGCAAUUGAGUGCUAUACGCAGUUCAUUGAUGGUGGAACAAUGGUUUCUCCAACAGUCUAUGCAAGGCGUAGUAUAUGUUAUCUAAUCAGUGACAUGCCUCAGGAAGCGCUGAACGAUGCAAUGCAGGUGCAAGUUGUUUCCCCUGUUUGGCACAUAGCAUCAUAUCUUCAAUCUGUUGCCCUCACUGCACUUGGGAUGGAGAAUGAAGCUCAAGCAGCACUUAAAGAUGGCACAACUCUGGAAUCCAAGCGAAGUGCAACUACCAAGCAAAAAUGAAAAAGUGUUGUACAUAGACAAUUUAUUGCUGAUUCUGUUCCGCCUGAUAACUGCUCCCACAACUAUGGUUAUAAAGAUCAUCUUGGAUACCAAUAGAUCCACAAAAAGUUGCAUGUGUUCGAAGAUUUCUUCAAGAAACAAGGAUUGGUUAAGUGUUUGUAACACCCCCUCCCCCUUUUUGUUGGGUCGGCUAGGAUGUUCAUUUAGUUCUAUGAUUUGAUUGAUUGAGCAAGCAUGAAUCUAAACUCUAGUAAUUUUUUUUUGUUAUUUAUAAAUGGUCAAAAUGUGAAGAGUUAAAAGCUG